GGCGAGUAAGCCGCGUAACAUGCAGCAAGGCAUGUCCAGAACUACAUUUCCCGUCAUCCUCUUAGACACAUGACGUCACGGUCCAUAGGUGACCCUCCAUGGACACCCCAGAUGGCAGCCAGGGAGAGGACACUACCGGACUCAUGGCCCCGGCUCAGCAAGUUCGUCCUGUCCGCCUGUGCCGCCAGCGUGGCCGAGCUAGUGACCUUUCCUCUGGAUCUGACCAAAACUCGCCUACAAAUCCAAGGAGAAGCGGCCCUGAAGCAAGGUGGAGAAGCCGGCCUGGCGGGGCCCUAUAGAGGGAUGGUGCGCACUGCAGUUGGCAUAGUGCAGGAGGAAGGCUUACUGAAACUCUGGCAGGGGGCUACACCUGCCGUCUAUCGCCACAUAGUAUACUCCGGAGUCCGCAUGGUGGCCUAUGAGCAAAUUCGAGACUCCCCAUCUGGGAAAGGAGACAGCGACAUUUUUCCUCUCUGGAAGUCUGUUGUAGGAGGAAUGACGGCUGGAGCUAUUGGUCAGUUUUUCGCUAGUCCUACAGAUCUGGUGAAAGUACAGAUGCAGAUGGAAGGAAAGAGACGGCUUGAAGGAAAACCUCCCCGAGUCCGAGGCGUUUAUCAUGCUUUUGUGACCAUUCUAUCUAAAGGGGGAAUUCGUGGCCUGUGGGCUGGCUGGGUGCCGAAUGUUCAGAGAGCUGCACUGGUAAAUAUGGGAGAUCUGACCACAUACGACACUGUGAAACACUUUCUACUAAGAAACACAAACCUCAAGGACAAUAGCAUAUGUCACAGUAUUUCCAGUAUAUGUUCAGGUCUGGUGGCUGCUACAUUGGGAACCCCGGCUGAUGUUAUCAAGACCCGAAUAAUGAACCAGCCUAGAGACAAACAUGGCCGGGGAAUCUUGUACAAGUCUUCCACUGACUGUUUCAUCCAAGCUGUGCGAGGAGAGGGAUUCUUGUCCCUCUACAAAGGAUUCGUUCCCACUUGGAUGAGAAUGGCUCCCUGGUCACUGGUCUUCUGGCUGACUUAUGAGCAGAUAAGACGUAUUGUAGGGGUUAGCUCAUUCUGAGUCUCUUUAUUAGGACCAUUCUCUGUAAACCUGCUGAAUUGUAAAGAUCAGCAGUUUUCGAAAUACUCAGACCUGCCCAUCUGGCAGCAACAACCAAGCCACUUUCAAAGUCACUUGAAUCCUCUCUAUUCUCCAUUCUGAUGCUCGCUUUAGCUAGUCGUCGUCACUACGUCUAGAUGCCUAAAUGCAUUGAGUUGCUGCCAUGCGAUUGGCUGAUUAGCAAUAU